AUGAAAUGUGACUCAUGGAAACCACCGAGCGAGCAGAAGAUUAUUGCAUUGCCAACGUGCUCUUCCUGGGAAAUGCUGCCAGGGGAUGUGUUGAUUCUUUGUAACCAUGCGGUGUUUGAGACACGUUGUCAGGAAGAAUCCUCAAUGGACGAGGUUGCCAAGGUUGUCGGAUGUGAACUUGAUCACGAGGCAGCUCCAGAAGAAGCCGCUGCCGCGUUGUGCAACUAUACCAUUCGGUUUGGUGCUAGACACUCACUGCAGGUGAUGAUUGCUGUUGCGACGGCAGCCAACUCCACCCAUGUACCGUGCGAGGUGCUGGAGCAGGAAUGGGUGGUUCCUGGACCCAUCUACGAAGAGCCGUGCCGUCGCUCACGGGAGUAUCGAGAAGCGUCGCUGGUUGACUAUGAGCGCUGUGGAGUGUCUUUGGCAAAACUCCUGGAAUUGCGCUGGCGUCAAGUGAGAAACCUACUUCCAUCCCGCCAUGCUAUCCCAUUGAUGGCGUACUAUGGAGAAGAGUGUUCCGUCCUCCAUGAAAUGAUGGACGAAGAGGCUCUGUUGUUCGCGCAUGAAUCUUUGCCCCCUGACGGUUGCAGUGAGGAGAUAUUGAUGAAGUAUGACAAGGCACAGAUGCGGAGAACGUUUGAGAGAAUAGCCAAGUCGCUUGUGGCUUCAAGUGCCCCAACAAUGGCGGAGAGUGCAGGUUGA